UGUGGAAUACAAGUGGAAUAGCAUCACACUUGGUGCACGAAGAUGCUUUCUCUUAAAAAUACAUAAAUAAAGCUCGAUAGUUCGUAAUUUGUAAGAAAAUUAUGUCUGGCGGUCUCAUAGAUAAGGUCUACAUAGGCUUGGAUAACGCUCCAGCCGCAUUUGACAUAAAAGGACGUAUUCUUGGACCCAAUGGGACUAACCUUGAGUAUAUAAGAUCAGAGACGGGUGUCGUAGCUGUGUUAAAAAGUGAGAAAUUCGAGCCUUUACAUUUGGCGCUGCACCAUCCGAGGUCUGAGGCUUUGGCAGCUGCUCGGUCGCUCGCGUUGAACCUGAUAGAGACUAUAAGAGCUGAGCUGGCGCAAUGGAGUGCGGCGCAGGCCGGGGGACCGCCGCCAGCACUGAAUGUGCCCCCGCCGACGCUUACGACGACUAGUGCACCGCCGCCUAUACCCCCGCCCGUCGCAAGCGUCGCGCUCUCCACACAGUCAACGCUGACAUCCACAGCCCAUCCGACAGUAAUUCCUCCAGUGGUCAGCGUGGCAGCCAGCACUCCCCUCAUGACGGUCCGGCAACCAACAGUGUUACAGCUCCUUCCACAACAGCAGUAUGUCUUGAAUCAAGAAAAUGGGCAGCUAAUACCUAUAGUACAACCAGGAGUUCAAGUCUCCAAUACAAACUUCACAUCCCUGCCUAUAGCUCAGCCACUGGGCACACUGCAACAGCCUAAUUUUGGAACUCAAAUUGUGGACAUAUCUAAUAUGCAGCCUGUAAAUGUUACACAGUUUCGGUUAAGUGGGGUUCCAUCUUCAAUGUCUAUGAUAUUGCCAAAUGGACUGACAAUUCCUCAAGGUAGUCUAAAUGCUGCGGACACUACAGUCAGCUCUGCAACAUCAACCCCUGUGGUGUGUGCGGCUCCAAGUACAAAUUCAUCACAGAAAAUCUUCUACAGCACAGAGAAAGAUAAAGAAAUCAAGUAUCACAUACAAGGGGCUGAUACUGUACAAUGGACAGUGCCGGGGUCCCAAACUAUGAUACUACCUUAUCAAGCUCUCCAGGAUUUGACAUCAAAUCAAUCAGGGCUAACUAAUUUACAACCACAGCAGUUUGUUUCUAUAGCUCCAGCAGGUGGUCUUCCACAAUCCUUACCACUAUCUGCGGCUCAAUUGCAACAACUGCAAGCCACUGGGACUAUUAUGCAGCUAAAUCAAAAGCCUUUAGUAAGCAGUGCCUCGCUAAUAAAUAUAAUAUCAACCGGACAAGCAUCUUCGCCACAGAUUAUAUCAAGUUCAAAUCCUAAGAAUGUGAGUGGACAAGAGGGUAGAGGACAAAAACGGCUCUCUGAUGGCACUCCAAGCCAAUUGCAACUACGCCCUAUUGCUCCAGCGGGGUCGCAUGUAAGCCAGGACAAGAGUUCCACGCGAGAAUCAAGAUCGUGGACUCCGGCAUCAGAACAUACACCUGAAACAACCACAGUUUGGACUCCACACUACAUGAGAGCAAUGCGUAGGGACAAUACUGUGGUCAGUAUGGGAAUGAAGAUCAAUCCUGCUCAUGGCACAAUCAUCCAUGUGUCUUCAGGGCAGCAGACCAAUGUGUCAGCAUCAGGAAUGACGCAAGACGGCACGGGAAUGUACAUCCGGCAAAUAGACCGGAACGCGAUACAGAUCCAAUCCAGCAAGGACGGACUCAAGCAAGAACUGACCGCAAACAAAGUACAAAGCACGGCGCAGAACGUCCAGAUGAUCACCGUCCCGCAAGGCAUGACCGUCCUGCAGAAUCCUUUGAACAUAAGCCAAAUGCCCGUCCUAGGGCAGCAUAACAGUCAAGUCUACAUGAUACCCGCAAACCAUCCCAAUUUAGUCCAAGGAGGAUUACCCCCAGGAUUAUUAGGCCAGCAAGUCUUACAACCCGGACAAAACGUAACCGUCAUGCAACCCAACCAACUGGGCAUGCCCGGAGGGGUCCAAUACAACGUUCCUAUCAUGCCAAUGAAUGUUCCACCGAAUUCCCAAUACAUGCACGGAGGGAUCAAUCUGAACACGCAGCUAUCCGCGCAGCAAUUGAACGCAGCUUUAGCGGGGCAGCAACUAACGAAUCCUAACUUGGGAACUAUACCGAUAGUCCAAGCCCCGCCCCCCUCGUCGCCAAUGUCGAACCCACCACAAAUACCGAUAACCCAACCGCCGCCAGUACAGCAAAUAGUCCCACAAAAUUCAUUCGUGACGCCAAUGUCGCAGUGCGCUGCAAUGCCGCCACAGUACAUGGUGCCACCUAAUUCUGGAACAUUAACAGUACCAGGUAGUAAUCCUAAUGUUCCUAACGUCCAGUACAACAUGCAGACAAGUCAGAACACAAACAGUGCCAAUAACGGUAACGGACAGACCAAUACAACAAGUGAAACUGAUACUUCCAAUACAGCGACAAAUCAAACUAACUACAUCACGUCAUCGUCACAAGACAAUAAUGGAUAUUUGCCAGCGCAGGCGACGCAAAAUAACGGGCAGCAGAGUUUCACGGCGGAUGGAAGUAGUCCGCAGACUGCAAGCUUCACUCCGAGCCAGCCUGUCACGCAACCCAACUACGGAACGAAUGGUAAUCAGAACGGGUCGUACGCGACCCAAACGACAACGACGCAGCCGCCAACAGGGUACAAUCCCACCAACGGAUCCAGCCAAACAUCCGCUCAGAACUACGGAAACGGGGCCGCUUCUAACUCCCAAAAUACAUCGCAAACAAAUUUCUCGCCGUCAUCGACUCCAGCUCCUAACCAGUCGUAUCCUAGCAUGCCUAACGUAGCGUACCCGCCAACUCAAAACCCUCAGAAUCCGUACCCGAACGCGACUGGUCAGAACAUGGCAGCUUAUGCGAACAACCAGUACCAAUACACGAGUAGGCCGUGGUUCAGGCCGCGGUACGGGUCUCCUCAGGGGUCCCCAUACAACUCCGGGGGAGUCCCACCGAAUGGCCCGCCCAUGCCAGUACCUCCUCCUUCAGGCAACUAUAAUUAUUGGCAGGACAGCUGACUGGAGGAGUAAUUUUAGAGUUAUUAAAGCUCUAGCUUUAUUUUAAUAAAGCUGUUUUUCCUCUAUGAUAUCUGGACCUCGAAGAUUGAAUAAUGAAUGCAUAGAUGGGAAGAUGCGAUAUGUACCUACCUCUAAUAUUUAACUUACCUUUAUAGUUUCGAUUCUCUUCCUUCUUAAUUCAUAGUUUAAGGUCUCAUCCUGUUUUUCUGUUGUAAUUUCCCAUGGCUACUACUAGAUACUUUUGUACUUACUUUACCUGUAUCAUCUUCCAUCAUGCCCACUUAUUAGAUGCUUUACUUAGGUUGUAAGAUAGAAAUAAGAGAGAUAGUGGUGCUAAUUUCUGUAGACACCAUCUAAUUUUAAGUUAUACCUAUCAUUUUCUUAUCCGCCGAAAAGGAAGGGAUUGACGACUGUUAAUUUUAAAAUAAAUGAAUGAAUGAAUAUACCGGGCGAAUUAAAUAGGCAUCUCGCUGAUAUGCAACCCGUUUGAUGUGUACUGUCAAUUUAAGUCUCUCAUUUUUUCAUUUUUCAUUAGCCAAUGUAAAAUUUUUAGAGGGUGUUUUAGAUUUCUGCCUAAAAUUGACGUGACGUACAUUUUAUGGUUGUAGAUUACCCGUACCUUUCUUUUUAGGCGGAUAAGAAAAUGACAGGUAUAACUUAAAAUUAUACGGUGUCUACUUGAAUUGGCACCAUUUUAUAAUUAUAAAUAACAAAUUACAUUUAUGAAAUGUAUAAAGAAAACUAUUAUGAAAUACAAUGACCAUUACUGUAA